AGUUAGCUGAAUGAGUGAGGGGAGAGAGAAGAGUGGAAGAGGGGUACACGCUGAACAGAUGACAGAGAGAGACCAUAGGCGAAACGAAUGUGCAUGACAACUUUAGGCUAUAAAUUCCUGUUAAACAUUAGAAAAUAUAUCCCUAAAUUAAUAUUGGAGACAUUUAUUAGAAGCCGAAGUCCACAUGUGUUGUGAAAGAUGAGGCUCUUUUGCUGUGCAAUUGUGCUGCUAUCUGCAUCCUCCGCGGAGUGCCAGCAAAGAGGUCUCUUCCCUGCCAUCUUCAACCUGGCCAGUAAUGCAGAGAUCACCACCAACGCCACCUGUGGAGAGCCUGAGCCAGAGAUGUACUGUAAACUGGUGGAACACGUACCAGGACGACGCAUCCGCAACUCCCAGUGUCGGACCUGUAAUGCCCAGAGUCAAAACCCCAAAGAGCAACAUCCAAUCACCAACGCCAUUGACGGCACCAACGGGUGGUGGCAAAGCCCCAGCAUUAAAAAUGGCAGACAAUUCCACUGGGUGACCCUCACACUAGAUUUACACCAGAUUUUCCAGGUGGCCUACGUCAUCAUCAAGGCAGCCAACUCUCCUCGUCCUGGUAACUGGGUGCUGGAGCGUUCAAUGGACGGUGUGGAUUACACACCCUGGCAGUACUACGCCAUCAGCGACACAGAAUGUCUGACCCGUUACAACAUCACCCCCCGCCUCGGACCCCCCACCUACAAACGAGACGACGAGGUUAUCUGUACAUCUUACUACUCGCGGCUUGUACCCCUGGAGCACGGAGAGAUCCACACAUCUUUGAUCAAUGGGCGGCCCAGUGCUGACCAACUGACCUCAGAGUUGCUGGACUUCACCUCAGCCCGCUACAUCCGCCUGCGUCUGCAGAGAAUCCGCACGCUCAACGCCGACCUCAUGACCCUGAGCUACCGCGACCCCAAGGAGGUGGACCCCAUCGUCACCAGACGGUACUACUAUUCAAUCAAAGACAUUUCAGUGGGUGGGAUGUGCAUCUGUUACGGACACGCCCAGAGCUGUCCCUGGGACCCCGUUGCCAAGAAGUUGCAGUGUGUAUGUGAGCACAAUACCUGUGGGGAGAGCUGUAAUGAGUGUUGCCCUGGCUACCACCAGGAACCGUGGCAACCGGGAACCCUCUCCGAUGGCAACACCUGCGAGAAAUGUAACUGCCACGACAAGGCCAACGACUGCUACUUUAACCAGACGGUGGCCAACCGUAAGAUGAGCAUGAACUCACAUGGUGACUUCCAUGGCGGGGGCGUUUGUAUCAGCUGUACCCAGAACACGGCCGGUGUCAACUGUGAGGCCUGCGCUGAUGGCUUCUACAGACCCAACAAGGUGUCUCCGCACAAUGAGAACCCAUGUGUGGAGUGCAGCUGUGACAUGAAGGGGUCUUUGACUCCUGCCUGUAUCAGAGAUGACAACCACGCCAAGCCUGAGAAUGGUCUGAACCCAGGCCAGUGUCUGUGUAUGGAGGGCUUUGCGGGCGAGCGCUGUGACCGCUGUGCCUUUGGCUACAGGGACUUCCCCCUGUGUUCACGCUGUGAGUGCAGUCUGGAGGGCAGCCUCAACAUCGACCCCUGCACAGAGUGCAUCUGCAAGGUGAACGUGAUGGGGGCCAACUGUGACCUGUGUAAGCAGGGUUUCUUCAACCUGGAGGGCAGUGACCCAGAGGGCUGCACUGAAUGUUUCUGCUUCGGUGUGUCUGACGUGUGUGAGAGCUCACCCUGGUCUCAGACUGUGCACUCCAAUGGAUGGCUCCUUACCUCUGAAAGCGUCUCUGUCUACACGGCACCCCUCAUAGAUGAAGACAACAACCUCAUCAUCCCUAACAUCACCAUGAUCCAAUCGUACCGUUUUGUUUCUACAUGGGCCGCCCCAGAGUCCUUCCUGGGGAAAAGGCUGACAUCGUACGGAGGGUUUUUGAGCUACAGCGUGGCAUAUGAUGUUUCAGUGGACAACGUGGACAGGUCUCUGCCGUCACAGUUUGAUUUGAUUAUCGAGGGUAAUGGGAGGACCCUGCGUCAGAUGCCCCCGAGGCAGCUCUUGUUGACGCCCCUGCGUGAGCAGCAUGUUUCUGUGGAGCUCUUGGCACAGGGCUUCGUAGACCUGCACACAGGUCAGAGGGUGGACAGGGACGAGCUGAUGACUGCACUGGCCGACGUGGCCGGGCUGAGGAUCAGAGGUCACCUCAAUGCCAGUGCAGAGGGGGAACUCAGAUUGAGCACUGUAUCUCUGGACAUGGUAGACAUCAAUUCUACUAACACAGUCCAGGCCCGGGACGUGGAGCAGUGUGAGUGUCCCUUGGGCUACUCUGGCACAUCCUGUGAGUCCUGUUCAUCUGGGUUCUAUCGCCUCGGGGGGAUCCUGUUCGGAGGCAACUGUCUCCAGUGUGAGUGUAACAACCAUGCUACGGAAUGUGACAUCAACAGAGUGUGUCUGGACUGUACUCACAGUACCACUGGGCCCCACUGUGACCAAUGCCUCCACGGUUACUAUGGCAACCCCUCUGAGGGCACCCCGGAGGACUGCCAGAGAUGCGCUUGCCCGCUGACAGUGGCAACAAACAAUUUCAGCCCCACCUGUCUCCUGGAGGGCCCUGGGCAGGUGACAUGUGACCGAUGUCAGCAGGGUUACACUGGGACUAAGUGUGAGAGGUGUGCUAGCGGUUACCAUGGCGACCCGACGGUGGCAGGCCAGGAGUGCGUGGUGUGUGAGUGUAACGGUAACGUGGACCCCUGGGAGCCGGGCCACUGUGACACCAGCAGCGGUAUGUGUCUGAAGUGUCACAGCCACACCAGCGGAGACCAGUGUGAGAGGUGUGAGGACGGCUACUACGGUGACGCCAUCACCGCCAAGAACUGCCAGGCUUGUGGUUGCCAUGAAAAAGGGUCGUACUCUGGAGUGUGUGACCUGCUCACUGGACAGUGCACCUGCAAACCCAACGUGGUGGGAGAGAAGUGUGACCAGUGUCAGGUGGGCUUCCACGGUCUUCUCAGCGGACAGGGGUGCAGAGAAUGUGACUGUAUCCAGUCAGGAUCUGUGUCCGUGGCCUGUGAGGAAGAUGGGAGGUGCCAAUGCAUCCCAGGGGUGGCGGGGGACAAGUGUGACCGCUGUCAUCACAGUUACUUUAACUACCAGGGCAGCGGCUGUACACAGUGUGAGUGUGCCCACACCCAUGGCAACUGUAAUGUGACGACAGGCGAGUGUAUCUGUCCUCCCCACACCAGAGGAGAGAAGUGUGAUCUGUGUGAGGAAGGUCACUGGGGUCACGACACUGUGACAGGAUGUAAGUCAUGUAACUGCAGUGAGAUGGGCAGCUAUGUCACCCAGUGUGGCAUCACCAACGGGCAGUGCCAGUGCCGCUCUGAUUUCGCUGGGCAGAACUGUGACCGCUGUGCCAUGGGCUACAGGGGCUACCCAGAAUGCACGGUGUGCAACUGCAACAUCAACGGCACCAGAGAGGAGUUCUGUGAUGAGGCACUGGGCGUGUGCAGCUGUGAGGCCCCAGGGAACUGUGUGUGCAAGGACAAUGUGGGUGGAGGUGGCUGUGAUGAGUGUAAGAAGGGAACCUUGGGCCUAUCUGUUUCUAACCCGGCUGGCUGCAGCCCCUGCUUCUGUUUCGGGGUCUCCUCAGACUGCGAGGAGCUGGGUGGGAUGGUCCGGGUGCCGAUCACACUGGGUUCUGACCCAGAGCUGCUGCAUGUGGUCAGUCAGAGUGAUCUCCAGGGCAGUGUAGUGGGGGUCUACUACCAGAACCCAGACAUGCUGCUAGACACUAGGGACAUAGAGACCCCCAGUCUGGCUGGACCCUACUACUGGAGGCUGCCUAAACACUACCAGGGAAACAAGUUGUUGUCGUAUGGAGGGAAGCUAUCCUACGUGGUGGCGUUCUAUGCUAUGGAUGGGGCCGGCCUGGCCAACUACGAGCCUCAGGUCCUGAUGAGGGGGGGUCAUCUGGGGAAGCAGGUCAUCUACAUAGACAUGCCUGCCCCUGACAACGGGGUAACAACCCGUCAGGACGUCCCACUGACUGAGCACAAGUGGAAGUAUUUCAACUCUGUGUCAGAGAAAGCUGUGAGUCACUCUGACUUCAUGGCAGUCCUGAGCCACAUCGAGUACAUCACCAUCAAGGCAUCAUAUGGUACAGGGCUACAGCAGAGCAGAAUAUCCAAUAUCACUAUGGAUACGGCCCUAGAGGAGGAGCAAGGGUUGGAGGAUAUGGAGUUGGCGAGUUUGAUCGAGAUCUGUGAAUGUCCAGCUGGCUACGCUGGACUGUCCUGCCAGGAGUGUGCCCCGGGCUACUACCGCCAACCAGUGACUGAGCUGAACAAGCGGGGGAAGAGACCCCUGAUCCAGCCGUGCGUGCCCUGCCGUUGUAACAACCACAGCCAGGCCUGUGACCUGGACACGGGAGAAUGUCUGGGCUGCCAACACAACACAGCAGGGGAGCACUGUAGCGUGUGUUCCUCGGGGUACUAUGGCGACGUGAAAGGCUCCGUCAGGGACUGCUCGCUGUGUGCCUGCCCCCUCAAAGAGAACAGCUUCAGUCCAACCUGUGCUCUAGAGGGAGUGGUGGGAGACUUCCGCUGCAACGCCUGCAAGCCCGGCUAUGAGGGGCGCUACUGUGAGAGGUGUUCAGUGGGUUACUAUGGGAACCCGUCUGGUCCAGGAGGGAGGUGUGAAGACUGUCAGUGUAGUACUGCAGGUUCUCUCCAUCCGGCGUGUGACUCUCUGACGGGCCAGUGUGAAUGUAAAGCCGGGGUCAGGGGACACCUGUGUGACCAGUGCGAGGCGAGACACGUCCUGGACGGGGACCAGUGUGUCUUGUGUGAUGAUGAGUGUACCAGGGUGCUCCUGGAUGACCUGGAUGCAGUAGAGUGCUCCUUCCUGUCUGUCAACCUGACCAGGGUCAUCCUGUCACCCUACAGCACACUGGUCAACUUGGAGAACGACACGCAAGAGGUCAAGACUCUGAUGUCUUCGUAUGGGAGCCCAGACUAUCACCUGACCAGGGAUGAGGAGGACAUGACAAACCUCAUCCAGGACAUAGAUGGACUGCUACAGAAGGCUAUGGGUGUGUCUGCUGAUGGAGAGGAAGUGGCCCGGUCCACAGAGAACAGCGUUACCCAGGGGGCCGAGCUUCUGGAGUACAUCAACACCAUUCAGACCGCUAUACAAGCCCUGGCGGAGCAAGCUGGCCGUCUGAACAGGACAGACAACAUGGAGAUGAACGAGGCUAAGAGCAGACGGCUAAUGAAGCAGGUGGCGGCCAUGUUGGAAACAAUCAGAGUGGUCGACUUAGCCCAGGCCAACGCCAGCGUCUCUACAGAACUCUGGGCUGCCGAGGCUCUCCUCCAGAGGGUGCAGAAGCACCUCCAGGAGCCCCAGGGAGUGAUAGAGUCCCAGACCCUCAACAUCUCCAGCAGUCUGACCCAACACCAACAGCAGCUAGUGGACGCCCAGGCCCUUCUGAACACUGCCAGGGAGAACAACAACCACACACACACCCUGCUGGCCAGCAUCAACACCAAUCUGCCACAGUACCGGGGUCUGAGGCAGAAUGUGGGCCGGCUGAACCAGACGGCAGAAACACAACUGGAGGAGACUCAGGACAUCCUGGCUGAUGCUGUCAAUUUGGCAGAAGACAUGAGCACCUCUCAACUGGAGGGGGCCAAGGAACAGCUGGAGCAGUGGAACCCCAUGUUGAGGAAGCAUGUGGAUGCUCUGGUGAUGGAGCUGAGGAAGCAAGAGGCUCUGGAGCUGGUCUACAAGGCUGAGGACCACGCCCAAGAACUGAGCAAGAAGGCCCAGGCUCUGCAGAGUUCUCUAGCGGAGGUGAUGAAUACCACUCUGAAAGCCACCAGUGCAGCACAUGCCAACUCUAACAUCAGAGUUAACAUCCAGCCUGCAGAGGAGAUGGCUAACCGAGCCAUCCUGACUGCUGCUAUGGCCCUCAACAUGACGGCCCAGCAAGAGGUGUCACUUACUGAUCUGGGAUCUGAGGCUGUGCAGUGUAGUGCUAAGAUACUGGCUGAGUGUCUGGCCCUGAACAACAGCCCUGGGGGUCUCCUCGCUAACAUCAGUGAUGUGACAGACAGAAUGGCCUUGUUGAUAAAUAACCUUCAUAACACCAGCAGACUGAUCCCAGAGUCAGCCUUCUUGCUCCAUAGCUGGCCCAACGGCACCAGUGAGCAGGUGCUGGAGGCCAAAGAGCAGGCUGCCAUGGCCAACUCCUCCCUGCAGAGGGCACUGGAGCACCUGGAGGAGCUCAGGGUCAGACUGGAGGAGUCCAGCAAGGCAGUGGCCCAGGCCAAAACCAGCGUCUCCAACACAAACCAGCUGUUCUCUGACUCACACUCAACCGCCAGGACUGCUGAGUCUAAGCUGAAUGAGGCAGAGAGUCGUACCGAGAGGCUGUAUGACCGUCUUAAACCCCUGAAGACCCUGCGGGAAAACCUGAGCAGAAACCUGUCUGAGAUCAGAGAGAUGAUCAACCAGGCCCGCAAACAGGCUGCCUCGAUCAAGGUGUCAGUGCUGGCAGACAGAGACUGUGUGAGGGCCUACAAGCCUGAGAUGUCCUCCAGUAACUUCAACACUCUAACUAUGACCGUCAAGACCAGCGAGCCUGACAACCUGCUCUUCUAUAUGGGCAGCAGCUCCAGCGAGGACUUCAUGGCAGUGGAGAUGCAUCGUGGCAAGGUGGGGUUCUUGUGGGAUGCGGGUUCAGGCCACGCCAAACUGGAGUACCCCGACAUCCAGAUCAACAACAACAAGUGGCAUCGCAUCAACGCCACACGCUUUGGGAGGCACGGCACGCUGUCAGUCCACCAGCUGGAGUCAGACCCCCUGCCCGCGGUCAAGACCACCUCACCACGCUCUGCUACGGUCCUGGAUGUCAACAAGUUUACCCUUAUAUUUGUUGGUGGCCUGGGAGGCCAGAUCAAGAAGUCCUCUGCAGUGAAGAUGACCCAGUUCAAGGGCUGUAUGGGGGAGGCGUGGCUCAACGAGAAGAACAUCGGGCUGUGGAACUACGCCGAGAGGGAGGGCCGGUGUCGCGGCUGCUUCAUGAGUCCACAGACAGAGGAGACAUCCUUCCACUUUGAUGGCAGUGGCUACUCAGUGGUAGAGAAACCCCUCCGCUCCACCUCCACCUCCAUCGUACUGCUGUUCAAGACCCUCUCCCCCAACGGCCUGCUGCUCUACCUGGCCUCCAAUGCCACGAGGGACUUCCUGUCCAUUGAGCUGGUGGAGGGCCAAGUGCAUCUAACCUUUGAACUUGGCUCUGGUCCUCUGACCCUCUCCUCCAACAAAGCCUAUAACACUGGCAGCUGGCACAAGAUCACCCUGCAGAGGAACAAACGCAAAGCUUAUAUAUCUGUGAUGGCUGCAGACAACUCAUCAGACAAAGAGAUUAUAGAGGCAGAGUCUCCUGGGUCCGCCUCUGAUCUCAACCGCUCCGACCUGGACCCAAUCUACAUCGGGGGACUGCCCAUGUCUCGACCUAUCAGGAGACAAGUAGUAGCACGGUCCUAUGUGGGCUGCAUCAAAAACAUGGAGAUCGCCCGCUCCAACUUUGACCUUCUCCGAGACUCCUAUGGUGUCAAGAAAGGCUGUGUGUUAGAGCCAAUCCGCAGUGUGUCUGUAUUGAGAGAGGGCUAUGUGGAGCUGCCAUCAAUGUCUCUUGGCUCCCAGGGGGAGCUGCUGGCCUCCUUCUCCACCCGCAACCACACUGGCAUCAUCCUGGCAGGCUUCAGCAAGGCAGGCACCCGCAAACGCAGACAGGCACGCCAGCCCAUCUUGGCGGUCAUGCUGGUGUCGGGACACUUGGAGGUUCACGUCAACAUGGUGGAGGGCGGGAGCGUCCACAAGGUUGUGGUCAAGUCACGCUCUGGGAGCUUCAGUGACGGACAGGAGCACUCUGUCAUCCUACAGAGGAACAGGAAGACGAUGACGGUACUUGUGGAUGAGGACCACCAGGAGACAGUUCGCCUGUCCUCGGAGAAGGCCUCUCUGACCUUCUCCUCUCUGUACAUGGGUGGCCUCCCACCAGAAGAGGGCGCCGGACUGCUACCAACCACUUCCUCCUUCUACGGCUGCAUCAGGAACCUGGCCCUGGAUGCCAAGUUGUUGGACCUGUCAGCAGCAGUGAAGUACCACAAUGUGGACAUGGACAGCUGUCUAUUGGAGGAGAGGCCUAAGAGGGUCCUCCUACCUGAUGACACUGACCUGGAGGCCGAGCCCACCCUGGACCCUUCCAGACCCCCUCCACCACCCCCCACUCAGCUCAGCGCUCUCACCCCCGGCACGCUCACGUGUGCAUCGAUGGACAACAGCACAUCCCUCCCAGCGGCCAAUCAGUUUGGCAUCUCCAGACAUAGUCAUAAGGUCCUCAACAUCAACCCCAACACAGUGAGGAGGAGUUUCUCACUGGAGCUGUCUGUGCGUACCUUUGCCCAGAGUGGUUUGAUCUACUACAUGGCCCACGCCAACCAGAUGGACUACGCCACUCUGCAGCUGCUAGGGGGUCGUCUGUUCUUCACCUGUGACAAGGGCAGCGGCCCCGCCACCGCCUCCUUCCCUGUGCCGGUCAACGACGGCCAGUGGCACACAGUGAAGACAGACUUCAAUAAGAAGAGUGUGGUAAUCAGUGUAGACAGCCAGGCGUCAGCUCCAGUGCUGGCUAAAGGCAACACUCUGGAUGUGGAGAACAAGCUGUACCUGGGAGGACUGCCCCAUACCUACACCGCCAAGAAGAUAGGCAACGUGACCCACAGCUUGGCGGGCUGCAUCCAGAAGGUGAUCCUGAACAGCGUUGAACUUGACACCCAGAGUCCAGUGUCUGAACACUCGACUGCUCACUGUUUCACUGCAGCCCAGGACGGGACAUUCUUCAGUGGGAGCGGAUAUGCUGCUCUGAUGAAGGAGGGGUACAAGGUGGGCUCAGACGUGACGGUGGCGCUGGAGUUCCGCAGCACGGCGCCUGACGGGGUCCUCCUGGGGGUCAGCAGCGCCAAGGUGGACGCCAUCGGCCUGGAGCUUGCCAGCGGACAGGCGGUGUUCCACGUGAACAAUGGCGCCGGGCGGGUGUCGGCCACGUCGCGGCUGGGCCGGUGGCUGUGUGACGGCCGCUGGCACACCUUGCUGGCCAAGAAGACCAAGAACACUCUUAGUCUGAGCGUGGACGGGGUCACGGUGCUCACUGACAACCCCCACCCCCAGUCGACCUCCGCUGAGACGAAGGACCCAAUCUACGUGGGAGGCUUCCCUGUCGGAGUGAAACAGAACUGCCUGACUUCCAGAUCGUCAUUCCGUGGUUGUAUGCGUAACAUCCGCCUGAUCAAGGGCCACGUGAUCAACAUCCUGGACCUCAGCACCGCAUUCACCCUCCAAGGAGUGUCUCCACACUCCUGCCCCGCCACAAUCUGACCACGAUAAUACCACAACCAUAUCUAAUGCUAUGACCCUAAAAAUAAGUGACCAAUGAAAUUACUGUGUACUUUUGACUCCCCCCAAAUGAAUUGGACAGUAGAAUGUCUUAUGUUCUAGAAAAUGUAUAUUUGUUAAUAAAAAUAAGUAAGCCAUCUG